AUGGCGGACAGUCUGAGCUCUCGCAGUUCCUCCCUUAUCACCGUGGAAGUAACCUCACUCGUAAUUUUGAACGUUCUGUCAUUAGCAGGAAAUAUCUUGGUUUGUAUGUCCGUUUACAAGAACGUACGAUUACGCACAACAACCAAUCUGUAUAUCAUCGCCUUGGCUGCAAGUGAUCUGCUCUCUGCGGUCUUUGUAAUGCCUAUUGGUAUUGGCGUGCUUAUUACUGGCGAAUGGAUCUUCGGCGAAGCAAUCUGUCAACUUCACGCCUUCUUCAGUCUGUUUGUCAUCUACAUUUCUCCGGUGACUAUGGGUUUAACAGCAGUUAACAGAUACGUCAGGAUAUGCAGGUCAACCCAGCAAUACGACAGAUUUUUUUCAGCGAGAAAGUCACGUUUGUUGUUGGCUAUGGUUUGGUUUUCUGUUGCUUGCUACACAGUAGUCCCUCGCCUGGCUGGUCUUCAAGCGUACGAAUUUGUACCAGGGUACGCUCAGUGCUCCAUUGCUCAUCUCAGCGAGAUAGGAAAAACGAUCCAUUACAGCAUUGUCCUCAUUUUUUUUUUUUUAACCCCGCUCAUAGCUACUCUUUUGAGCUACAAAAGGGUCGCGGAAGUGAUCCGUCAACACAACAUCAACGCAUCAUCGUCCAUUAGCUCACAUGAGAUUAAGAUCAGCAAAACUCUCUUUGCAGUGGUGUUUGCAUUCAUGAUAUGCUGGAUCCCUUUUUGGAUUAUCGUUGUCUUACGGCGCUUCAAGCUCGUUGCGACGAUGCCACGAAGUGUUGAACUUUUCUGCAUGUUUCUCCUCUACCUGUCCAACACAAUAAAUCCCUUUAUUUACGCCGGGAUGAAUCCUGUAUUCAAAAAAGAAUUUCGAAAUCUCCUCUGCUGCGGGCGAAAUCGCCGUGAAUUUGCCAUUUCAUUUUCCAGUAGAAAAGAGAUGUCAACUGAUGAGGUUUAGAUCCUAUCUCUGUACAUGCGAAAUCUUUUUGCAAACGGAAUCUUGAGACAUGUGACGCUUUUCCGAAGCAGGAAAAUGGAGGGAUGAAAUCUAUUUCUCCUCAUCGUCUCUGCUUACGUUUAUCUUUCAUUUAAAAGUUUUUUAAUAUUUUUUUUGUUAUUUGCAAUCUUGGUUUACAGUUUAUGACGAAAAGUUUUGGAAUGCUUUUCUUUGACUUAUCCCGUUUUUGACGUCAUCAAGGCAAUGUGACGUUUUAUUUUGUUCAAACUAGAAAAAUCCAUGGUAGAGAAUAAUCAUCCAUAUUGGGGAGGUGGUGUCCUUUUAAAAGUUUUUUUUAAGGUGUUCGUCAACGGAGACGUUUCUCUGGCAACGGAUUUUUGCAGUCAUGCUUUGAAAAAUUUGCACUUUUUACUCAAAUAGCUGCGGGCGAAAUCGUGAAUUUGCCGUUUCAUUUUCCUGUAGAAAAGAGAUGUCAACUGAUCAGGUUAAGAUCCUUUCUAUGUACAUGCGAAAUCUUUUUGUAGACAGCUUCUUGCAUGAGACAUGUGACGCUUUUCCGAAGCAGAAAAAUGAAGGGAUGAAAUCUUUUUUUCUCCUCGUCGUCUCUGGUAACGUUAUUCUUCCAUUUAAUUGUUUUUUAAUUUCUUUUUUGUUAUUUGCAAUCUUAGUUUACAGUUUAUGACGAAAAGUUUUGGAAUGCUUUUCUUUGACUUAUCCCCUUUUUGACGUCAUCAAGGCAAUGUGGCGUUUUACUUUGUUCAAGCUAGAAAAAUCCACGGUAGAGAGUAAUCACCCAUAUUGGGGAGGUGGUGUCCUUAAGAAGUUUUUUUAAGGUGUUCGUCAACGGAGACGUUUCUCUGGCAACCGAUUUUUGCAGUCAUGCUUUGAAAAAUUUGAAUUUUUUACUUAAAUACGUCGUAUUUCAAGGUUUCCUUAUUAAUCUAUUAGCUUACAUACUUUUAAUUUACUAAAUUUAUUAUAACCGUAACUUAAUUUUGACGUUACAGGAUUGAUUUAAAAAAGGAAAAACUGCGCAUGUUAGAUUUAGGUUGAGUUGACAUGUCAACUGGGUUGUGUUAUUUUGCUUUUGUGACAAAUGCGUUAAUGUGUAUAUGAAAUAAAUCAUAUGUGAGAACUGCGGGAAAGUUGCUUUUGUUGUUGUCUAUCGUUUGGUUUUCUGUUGCUUGCUACGCAGUAGUCCCUCGCCUGGCUGGUCUUCAAGCGUACGAAUUUGUACCAGGGUACGCUUAGUGCUCCAUUGGUCAUCUCAGCAAUAUAGGAAAAACGGUCAAUUACAGCAUUGUUCUUAUUUUCUUUUUAACCCCGCUCAUAGCUACUCUUUUUAGCUACACAUGUACAAGGGUUGCGAAAGUGAUCCGACAUCAAAACAUCAAUGCGUUAUCGUCUCUCAGUUUACAUGAGAUCAAUCUCAGUAAGUCUCUUUUCGCAAAUGUUUUUGCGUUCAUUAUUUGCUGGAUCCCAUUUGGGGUUAUUGCUGUUUUACGGCGCUUUCGUCUCGUUGCGAUGAUGCCACGAAGCGUUGAACUACUUUGCAUGUUUUUCUUCUAUCUAUCAAACACAAUAAACCCGUUUAUAUACGUUGGGAUGAAUCCUGUAUUCAGGAGAGAGUUCCAAAAUAUCCUCUUAUGCAAAUCGGUGUAAUGUUGUCAUUUCAACUUCUGGCAGAAAAGAAACAACAACGAACUGAUGACUGAGGUUUUAGAUGCCUCCUCAGCAUGUCAUGUUUCGAUUCUACUUUUCCUAAAUUUUCUCCUCAUUUGUCCUUUUCUCAAAAACUAAACUUAGCGUUAGCUAUUUUGACGUCAAAGUAGUUUGAGAUAUCAAUAUUCCAGGCAAUGUAUGAAAUGAAUUUUUUUAUACGAUAUGAAUCUUUGCAUGUAUGAUCAUCGAGGCGAUUCACUUAUUUGAUAACACCUUCACAGGUAUAUUCAACGAAUGCUUUUCCCUGAUAAAGGUUAAGGUGUCUUCGAGGGACCUCCCCCCCCCCAAAUUAUAUGUUGCCACUGGUUAAACACCUGUGUACCAUCAGAGAUAGUAACGCCAAGAAAUGCUGACCUACAAGCAAGGAUAAAUGACCUAAUCCGCAACAACCAAGUGGAGGUAGUAUGCAAUGGAAACAGAAAAGAUGGAACUGGGACCAAGGGUUGGUGGAAUACUGUAAACAAAAUCAUUGGCAGAGAGUCUAAGGCACUCAAACAUAAGCCCUGUAAUAAACCCUGAGGACAUAAACCUUUUCUCUCAAAUGAAAUAAUACAAUAAGAUUGAGUGGCUGAAACUUUUGGGAAAUGCUUUCCAUGCAGAUCCUCGUAAUUGGACUUCUUUACUUUCUAGAGCUGCUGGUCGACUGUAUAUUCUUAAAGUGUGAAAGUAUUAUGGGUACACUAAAGAUCAGCUUAGUAAACUUUACGACUCUUUGACAAUGUCAUUAUUUCUGUAUGGAUUAAAAGUGUGGGGAUCUGCCUAUCAAAGCGAACAUUUAGAUCGGAUUAACGGCUUAUUUCGACGAGGCUAUCGUUUUGGCUAUACAAACAACUUGAGAUCAUUUUGAUAUCUGAUGUAAUUAAGAAUACGAAGGGACAGUGAUCUUUUCAACAGAAUCACAAGUGACACUGGUCAUAUGUAUAGCAUGGGGUUAAUCUUUUUUUAAUUUUCUAUGGCAUUGAUAGGUAUUUAAGCUUAGCUUAGCUAGUCAUUGAUUGCAAAGCCACACGUUUGUUGUGUCUGCAUGGUUUCUUAAUAAAGACUUCUUUUAAAGACUUCUGUAUGUUUGGAAUGUCACCAAAAAGGUUAUAUAACCAACGUUUUAUACUACUUUGUUUAAAUCAAGCUAGCGUAAUGUAGUCGAUUAUGUCAUAUAAAAUUCACGGAGAAGAAAAAUUAAGUUAUUCCAUUAAAUACCACGAAUGAGGUUUUUUUAAAAAACAUCUCUUUGGAGGAUUCCUCCAAGCCUUGAUUUAUUGGCAUAAUGCCGUUAUCUCGAACGACGUAAAUCUGUGCGACACUUUUUGGUACUGGUGGUAUUUGUUAAUUUUGUCUUAGAACUGGUAAUGCAUAUUGAGGUAAUUUUCCUUGAGUGCUUGAUUCGUCUUGAAAUAUACAUUUUUUGGAGACUUUUAAUAUUUUAUUACAAGACCAACUGGCAUUGGUUCUCCCGUACCCAGUGACAUUGCUUCCGAGGUGCAGCCCUUGAAGCGUGUUAGCCGCUUCAUGAAGUGUGAUUGUUUUUUGUCGGCCGACCACGUAAAACAAUUGGUUUUGAUCCAAUUGACCUACUUGUGUAAUAGAUCUUUGCCCUACUUAGUAAAGUCAGUAAACAUUAACUAAAAGUGGCUUUACAGCAAUCAUAUUUUGCACCCGCUGCCUUCAUCAGGUGAAGAGAUGUGAGCUUAAUGUUCCUAGAUACUCUCCCGUAUUUUACUGCAGAGCACAGUUGCAUAAAACUAUUAACGUGUAAGAUUUAAACUGAGGGAGUAUAAACUGCAACCGUCCCCAAUAAUUUUUCUGACAACAGCCGAGCUAAAGUUCAAAGGAAUUAAAAGGAAAGCAACAAAAGCGCUUUUAUUGUUACCUAAUUAUGUUUAAUAACUCGCAUGGAGCGUUUUCACGCCGUGACCAGCAUCUAUGCAAAUUUACCGGAACAAAAGAAAGCCGGUUUGCUUAAAAAAGAAGACUAUUUUGGAACUCCAACGUGUCCGCCGUUUUAUUGUCUUGGAAGACCAAUAUGGCCGCCGUGACGUCAUGUGAAAAUGCUCUUUUCUUUCAUCAAAGUCUUGUUUCUGCGAUCAGUUAACCACGCAGAAAAUUAGUGGUUUUUUAAAUCUUGGCCAAGCUCUUCUUAAAUGAUAACGAAUUACGAGAGUUCCGAUAACUGACGACUCGUGUAUUGUUUAAUUUAAAAAAUGUUAUCAUUUGUCCGUACGGAAAAAAAAGUUCAUAGUAUUUGUUAAUAAGUUGCCUCUGGAUCUGUUUUUAUAUUAUAUUGGUGCACAUCUUUAUUUAAAACAUGCAGCUUAUAUCACUUGCUCUAGAAAACACCUCUCUACAAUUCGAGUAGCUCUCUUAGAUUUCAUUCCUUUUAACUCUGCAGUAUUUUAGAGACUGGCCUAUCAAAACUGCGUGCCGAUAGACGUUGCAGCAGCCAUCGCGUUGAGCAUUGUAUUUCAGCCGUAAACGUUCGCUUAAGACACGUUUUUAUUUGAUUUAAGACAUGCAGCGUACCAGUAAAUGAUCAGGGGAAGACAGGCAAUCGAAAACCUAGCGGUGGUUAAUUAUAGCUAGAGUAUUUUUAACAUAUCAAUAGACCUCUAAAGACUGAAAAACUAUUUUAAGUACUAAAAAAUAAAUAUAGGAUGUUAUUGAUUUUAGUCUACCUCGCAACCAGUUGGGCCGAAGUCACGUAACACUCUCAAACCCCACUAGUGCAGGUGCUUUGAUCUUAAAAGAUACAACGUAUAAAGUACGGUGUCGGGGUGUUACUUUGGCUCCCAUUUUCCGGUUGGAAACUCGUCAAAGAAAGCCGAAAAUGAAAGCCUUUGUGUAGCAAUGGACAGCUAUUUGCAUAAACCUGGGAUUACCGCCCUGAUAACGAUUAGUACGGAUUGACCAAUGAUGACCUCAGUCAAAACUGGCUUUGCUGAAUAAUACAAGUCCAGUGUAUAUUGAACAUUUACUACAUUUAUCCUUGCAGACAUCUUUGUUAUUAUAAUGGCGGACAGUCUGAGCUCUCGCAGUUCCUUCCUUAUCACCGUGGAAGUAACCUCACUUGUAAUUUUAAACGUUCUGUCCUUAACAGGAAAUAUCUUGGUUUGUAUGUCCGUUUACAAGAACGUACGAUUACGCACAACAACCAAUCUGUAUAUCAUCGCUUUGGCGGUUACUGAUCUGCUCUCCGGGGUCUUUGUAAUGCCUAUUGGUAUUGGCGUGCUUAUUACUGGCGAAUGGAUCUUCGGCGAAGCAAUCUGCCAACUUUACGCCUUCUUCAGUCUGUUUGUCAUUUUCACUUCUCCGGUGACUAUGGGUUUAACAGCAGUUAACAGAUACGUCAGGAUAUGCAGGUCAACCCAGCAAUACGACAGACUUUUUUCAGCGAGAAAGUCACUUUUGUUGUUGGCUAUCGUUUGGUUUUCUGUUGCUUGCUACGCAGCAGUCCCUCGCCUGGCUGGUCUUCAAGCGUACGAAUUUGUACCAGGCUACGCCCAGUGCACCGUUGCUCAUCUCAACGAGAUAGGAAAAACGAUCCAUUACUGUAUUGUUCUUAUUUUCUUUUUUUUAACCCCGCUCAUAGCUACUCUUUUUAGCUAUAUAAGGGUCGCGAAAGUGAUCCGUCAACACAACAUCAACGCAUCAUCGUCCAUUAGCUCAAAUGAGAUUAAGAUCAGCAAAUCUCUUUUCGCAGUGGUGUUUGCAUUCAUGAUAUGCUGGAUCCCUUUUUGGAUUAUCGUUGUCUUACGGCGCUUCAAGCUCGUUGCGACGAUGCCGCGAAGUGUUGAACUUCUCUGCUUGUUUUUCUUCUACCUAUCCAACGCAAUAAAUCCGUUUAUUUACGCCGGGAUGAAUCCUGUAUUCAGAAAAGAAUUUCGAAAUCUCCUCUGCUGC